GGUUCAUUGCGCCUUUUUUUAUUGGUGUAUAUCCAUCGUGUAGCACUGAGGAAGCAGCCAUGCCGGAUUGUUCGGUUGUCGCUAACGAAGGGGUGCGCCGGGUGUUCAGGGACUCAUGGACAACCAACCUUCUGCCACUGGCGAAGACCAUCGUGCUUCUGGUGGAGGCGCUGCCAGUCGGUGACCCUGUUCUCGCGGAAAACCCAGCUGUGCGGGGAGUCAGCGAGCUGUGUAGCAUAAGGACAAGCUCUGCUCUAGUCCGCGCCGGAACUACUGCGGCCGGGAGGCGCGGACAUGGACAUCGCGAGCGGGCAGACACGACUCACCCGGCCAUUUUGAUUGUGUUUACGGAGUGGAGAUGUGUAGCGGUGAUGCAAUUGGGUGUGAGCUUGAUUGGGCGGCUCAAUGAUCAGAACCCUAACGGCUUGGCGCUCAUUCGUCGGCGACCAUCAUCAACUUUUUUUCCCCACGUUCUCCCAGCGUCAAUUGACAACGUUUCGCGCGGCGGUCUUCGAGCGGUCCAAUGCCAUGUCGGCGGGAAGAGACUUGAGGCGCAAUUUCCCUGGGUUAUGCGCACUGCGUUGGACAGGCUCCUCGCCAGGCCCUCGGCGCUGCGAGUCCUCCGAAGCCUCAUAACGGACGAACAAUAUCCCUUUGUGGGUUUAGCAAGAUCUCCAUGCCAAUGGAGCCAAAGGGAAUGGAGGAGAACCAAUUUUACGGGCGCGAAAUGGCGCCAUGAGGAGGCGGAAAUUCAGGAGCGGGCCACCGAGGAAUCCCAACCUUCCGAAGCGCUUCCACGAUACGUUCACAAUGAAGGAGGGCCAAACCAGGCACGGGAGAUGCGAGCUUCCCCACAAUCAGAGCCGGAAUUGGAUAAUAUGGCCACCUGGGUGUCUCGAUUACAAUUCCGUGAGAGAGUGUACGGGAGUGAAGGGGUGAAGGAUACCUGGAAGGAGAUGAAGGGCAAGGGCGUCGAUUUGCCUACUGCUGGGAUACAUGCUGAGGCAUUGUGGAAAAUGUUUCUUGCCGAGAACGACAUUGUAAAAGAGGUGGUGUCGUAUGCGGAAAGCGUCGUCAAUCGGACCGGGCAGGCCUACCCAGCGUUGUAUGAAACUGUAAUCAGUCAAUGCUUUGUCAACCGCAAGCAUGCCCAGAUCUAUCGGUGGCAUGACCGAUUGUUGUCCGUGUUCCCUCCCCUUCCAGGAGCGUUUCGGAGAAUUGCGCCCAGGUCUACGAACAGUAAAUCUUCGCUGGAUGCUUUUGAGUGGAUAUACGUUCGCGGUGGACAGCGAGAUAUUUACGAUGCGCUCAUAACCUCCCUCUGCGAAAAGGGGUUGUACAAGGCUGCCUUACGAUGGCACUCGUUUUUGGUCAAGCUUGGAGAUUUUCCGUCAUCGGCUGCUCAUAGCAAACCGAUGAGAACACAUUUUGAGAAAUACGGAAACGCUCUUUCGCUGCUGGAACUUAGCAAGACCGACCAUGUACGAGGUGCGCAGAAAUCAUCUCCGGCCGAACCACAGGAUGCGAACGGCAACCCAUUCUCGCGAGAAACCAUGUACAGGAUCAUGGGAAAGUCUCAUGCUAUCCAGCCCAAACAAAUGGAUGACCAUUUCUGUGCACGAAUUUUUGCAACCAAGGCUUUUUCCAUCGAUGUCAUUAUCAGUGGCUUGAGCAUGUUUGGAAUCGACACCAUCGGCCCUCUAGCACUGCGAGAAAUGGCUUCUCGAACCGAGGACUGUCAUGGUCUUUUGGAUAGCAUCAACAGGUUGAAGCAGUCUGGUAUUUCAAUCAGCACUUCUGUCUUCGCUAGGGCUAUCCAAAGAUUCGCUGAAACAAAUCGCAUGGAUCUCCUUCAGGGAUUGCUUGCAAGCGAUCAGCACCCUGACACCUUCGAGGAUCUGAAACUGCAAAAGGAAUUACUCACCUCAUUCGUCACUCAUGGCGACUGGCCCGCAGCGCACAGAACACUUGCGUUUCUGACAAUCUUCCAUUCCAAUCCUGACUCUGAACAAUGGAACAUCUUGUUGCGGACAACGGCCUUGAUUGGAGACAUCUCUAGGCUAAACAAGGUGCUCGAAGACAUGCGCAGCCAUCACAUUCCACUUUCGGAGGCCUCUCAGAGUGCUUUACAAAAGUAUUGGCUGCGGACGCGGCGCAAGGGAAAGGCUCCAACCACGCAUCAUCGCUGGAUGGAUAUGCAGCACGACGACACGACGCUUGUAGCGAACGUGUAUCUUGCCACCAUGGAAUCCGGUGGACACAUUGAUCCGCAGCGUUGGACCGAAGUCUUCCGCCGAUACGGCAUGGUGGGCCGCUUCAACGACGUGGUGAAGCUCGCGCUUUGGCUCGCAAUGUGGUACUCGCCCAAAGACAAGACUCCGCACGCGCGGAUCUCCUCGCUCAUAGGGAACCCCCGGUCUAUGAUGCUGGAGCCCAAAGGACCCAGCAACAACAGCCCCCCUGUCUGGGUACCAACAGGUGCCAUUCCGCCGACCCACCCCGCCCAUCCGCUCCGCCGCAUCUUCAGUCCCAUCCAACUGGCCGCUUUCAUAGCAUGGGGAUUCCGGUACGGCCUCUACCACCCAGCCAAGCGCAAUCCCAAAAUGCCCAUCGGGCACACCUGGGCGCGCGGACUACGUCUCGUAAAGCAGCUGCGCGACCGCGGCGUGUAUGUGUCGGCUCCGACGGUGCGCAAGGAGCUUAAGACCCGGUUCAUGAUUCUGUUCAGUAACAACAGGAGGAGCAAAAUCUUGAGCAACCGCCGGGCUAGAUUGAACAAUCCGCACAGUUUGAGCGCAAUGGUGCAACGGGUUAAUGAGCUUUGGGACCGUCCUUUGCUGAAGGAGGACGAUAACAAGAUGCCCAAUGGGGUGCCGGGCGUGAAAUGGAAGCGAUUCAAGCUGGAAAGUCAUUUGGGCGGACAUUCGGAAAGUCGUAGUCCGUAGGAACGACGU